AUGUCGAUGAUCAACAGAAUUGCAUUGAGAUCUGUCCGCCCUUCAAUGGGAAUGGCUUUUCGCCAAGCACCAUACCUUUCCACCCCAGUUGAUCCAAAACAAAAGGCCCAAUCCAUUGUUGACGCCAUUCCAGGUACAAAUUUGUUGUCAAAAACUGGUAUUUUGGCCACCUCUGCAGCAGCAGCUGUUUACGGAUUGUCCAAUGGUUUGAUUAUUAUACACGAUGAAUCUAUCUUGGUUUUGACAUUCACAAUCUUUUCAGCCUUGGUUGUUAAAUUCAUCGCCCCAUUGUACACCGAAUGGGCCGACGGAGAAGUCAAGAAAGUAAACGAUUUGUUGAACGGAGCCAGAAACAAGCAUAUCCAAGCCGUCGAAGACAGAAUCCAAUCUGUUGGAGAAUUGAAAGAUGUUGUUUCCCAAACCAAAGAUUUGUUUAACUUGUCUAAAGAAACUGCUCAAUACGAAGCUAAGGCAUUCGAAUUGAAGCAAAAAUUAGAGGUUGCAUCAGAGGCAAGAAACGUUUUGGACUCAUGGGUCAGAUUUGAACAACAACAAAGACAAAUUGAACAAGAGCAAUUGGCCAACUCUGUUAUUGAAAAAGUUAACAAGGAAAUUGAAAAUCCAAAAUUCCAAGACAAGGUAUUGCAAGAGGCUAUUGCUGAGGUUGAGAAAUUGUUUAACAAAUCUAAAUAG